CAGAAAGCUCGGGUCCAUCAGCAACUCUCAGACCUCCGUACUGCCACCACCUUCACCAGGGGCCUCCUGCACUGCGGGCCCGACCACCAUAUUGUGCGUGCCAAGGUCCUGGCCCUGAGCCGCCUCCAAGAUCUCAGCCAUGGGGACCGCAGCAAAGCGGAACAGGUGGAGCCCGUCAGCAUCCAAUUCAGUCCGCUGGAACAGGCGGGGCCGUGCCGAGGAUACCAGGUGUACGGUGCGGUGCAGAGAGGGGGGGUCGACCCCGAGAGGUGCGAGGUCAAAGGGCAAGGACUUCACUCCGGGUCGUUGGGCGCUCUGUGUAGCUUCACCCUCAUCUCUAAGAACAAAGUGGAGGAACCACAGGAACAGCCGAGAGUCACCGUGCUACACAAAGAGUCUGGAAGAGCUCUCCAACCCUCCAUCCAGGAUAACCAUGACGGAACGUACCAGAUCUCCUACACCCCCACAGAGGCGGGGCAUCUGUCGGUCAGCGUGUGUGUAAGAAGCCGUCACAUCAAGGGAUCCCCCUUUAAUGUGACAGUGAGGGGCCCCCUGCGCUCCCACCCCGGCAUCUACCACUGCUGUACGUUCUGCUCCAGUGGAGGGCAGAAGGACGCUCGGUGCGGAUGUGGAGGCGCAAUGCCAGGGGGGUAUCAGGGCUGCGGACACGGCCACAAGGGUCACCCUGGACAUUCCCAUUGGUCAUGUUGUGGGUCCAUAUCGGAGAAGUCGGAGUGCAGUGGCGUGAAGGACUCUGCCCCCCGAAAUUUACUCAGGACUGUUGCUCUAUGA